AUGAGGUUGGCCUUCCUGUGUGCUCUUGCUGGAGUAUGGAUAGGUUACGCGGCCGCAGAACCAUUGACUGCUCGUGAAGUAGUCAGUAAUCUACCGAGAGGAUGGAAACUUGAGAAGGAAGCGAAAGCAGAAGAACUUAUAAAACUGUCAAUCGCACUCAAACAACCAAGGAUGGAUGAACUGAAAGCUCGGCUCGAUCGCAUUAGCAAUAAGACGAGUGCUGAAUACGGGUAUCAUCUCACGAGAGAUGAAGCCAGAGCAUACCAAGAGCCUGACAAGGUGGCGCUGGAAAUGGUUCAUUCGUGGCUCAUGUCGGCCGGGAUCACCGAUGUAAUUGUUGACGGAUCGUUGAUGACGGUCACCUCGACAGUGGCGAAAGUAAAUGAGAUCCUCGAUACAACUCUUGGCUAUUAUUCAUUUCAAGAGCGAUCUCCAGUCUUGCGCGCUCAGUCAUACUCGCUACCUUUUUCUCUUGACGGGGCUGUUGAGCUCAUAUACCCGAUCUCCAACUUCAUGCCACCACCGCAAUCUAGGCUUAAGUCCACUCCUUCUCGGAAGGCAUCCGCAGUAUCAACCCUCGCCGACGACCAGCCUUGCUCAGGCGGGGUCAAGCCGGCAUGUCUCAUAAGUCUCUAUAAUGUGACGCACAUUAACGUGACGACGCCCAUCAAAUCUCCUAUAAGAUUUGGCAUUGCCGGUUUCCUCGAGCAGUGGAUCAAGUACGAAGACGUGUCAGAGUUCCUAGGAAGAUACUCACCUGAACUUGGGCCUUUGAAUUAUACGUUUACUAUAGCGACGGCGAACAACGGUACGAACCCUCAACCUAACACGCCGGAUUCGCGAGCGGGACUUGAGGCUAGCUUAGAUGUAGAGUACGCUAUGGCUCUCGGUUAUCCGGUAAACGUGAUUUACUAUUCGACUGGAGGCCGAGGUGAGAAAGUUGAUCCAAACGGCGACCUGCUUCCAUCUAAUCGAAGCGACAACGAGCCGUACCUGGAGUUCGUACAAUACCUUCUCGACCUCAACGACGAGGAGAUACCUCACAUAAUUAGUAUUUCGUAUGCCGACGAUGAGCAAUCCGUGCCGAUCUCUUACGCGACCCGAGUAUGCGAUCUAUUUGCCAUUUUGGCAGCCCGCGGAGUGUCGAUCCUCUCCGGGUCGGGCGAUGGCGGCGCCAGCGGGAUCGGGCAGAAUCAGUGCUAUAGCAACGACGGGCAGAGACGCAGGAUGUUCCUCCCGACGUUUCCAGCAAGUUGCCCGUACGUCACGGCGGUGGGUGCGACGGGUAACACGCUGCCCCUCGAAGGAGCCGACUUUAGCACUGGGGGAUUUAGUAACUAUUUCGCCCGGCCAGAGUGGCAGAAAGAAGCGGUGGACGGAUACAUAUUAGCUAUCAACGGAUCACAUAGAGGACUAUAUAACGAGACCGGCCGAGCGUUCCCGGACAUCAGUGCUACUGGGACAAAUUAUGUCAUUCAAGUAGGCGGCUACGAGACGGACGUCCUUGGCACUAGCGCGAGCACCCCAGUGGUGGCGGCUCUAAUAGCUCUAGUCAACGAGUCGAGGUUGAAAGCUGGGAAGAACAGUACUGGUUGGCUCAACCCGGUCCUGUAUUCACAGCCGGUGAGGGAAGCCUUGCAGGACGUCACUGCAGGCGUAAGCCAGAGCUGCUUAUUUGAUGAAGAGAAGGAACCUGGGUGGGAAAGCGUCAAAGGUUAUGACUGCGUGACCGGCCUCGGUUCCGCCUUACGCGAUGACGCUUAUACGCGGUUCUUAAACAACAUGCCUAUUCUUGAAGUCAAACCCACGUCAUCGGAGCUCCUCCAACACGUAGCGAACUCGCUCGGGAAGGCGAGAAAGGUUGUGAUCAUUACAGGAGCCGGUAUAAGUACCAAUUCCGGUAUCCCAGACUUUCGCUCCGAAAAUGGCCUCUACUCACUUAUCCAGGCGCAAUUUGAGCGAGCGGAAGCUAGCCACCCUAAAGAUGCUGAGGGACAGUCUGCCAGUUUCGCCUCAAGUGGACGUCCUACGAAGAGGAGGAGAAUAUCUCGCACAGCUGAAUGUUCGACGGAACAAGAGGAACCGAAAAGGGUCACACGAGCCUCGAAUGACUGCAAGAACUUGACUUCAUAUGCCAGAGACGGCCUCCGGGUGAAGCCGGAAGUAGAAACCCUCUCUUCUAAGACCUCUCUGCAGCGGCUUGCACACUCGCGACCAGGACUACGACCAAUCCUACAUCGACAUAUCACUCAAACCUCCACCUCCACAGAAUCUUCUACAAGCCAAGAUUCGUCCUUCUCAACACCGCAGCUUUCAAGUGCAUCGUCUCAAACCGAAGAGUCGUCUCUCUGUGAAGUAAAAGAGACGCGCGAUGGCCAGGCGAGGGCUACCACUCCAAGGGCCAUCCUGAGUGAAACCUUUAGCUCGUCACCUCUCUCUUCACCUCCUCCUAUUCUAUUUGACCCGUACGAACAUGCAAACUUGUCCACAGAAAGCUCCGAUACAUCCGAUUCCGAGGAAACACAGAAUUCAUUAGAUCUGUUUUCUUCGCAAACGUCCACCUCAAGCUUGCGAAACAUGAAAGGCCGCGACCUGUUCGAUUGCAAUAUAUGGGCUGAUCCACUUAAGACAUCUGUGUUCUACCGGUUUGCGACGACGUUGAGACAGAAAGUAAAAGAAGUAGAACCGACCACAACUCAUCGAUUUAUCGCCCAGCUCCGCGAUGUUGGGAAGCUUGCACGAGUGUAUACACAAAACAUCGACGAAAUCGAAAAGAAGAUCGGUCUAUCGACAGAUUUGAAAAAUGGUGCAGGCAAUAGAAGGAGAAAGUCCGCCAAGCAUCAAGUAACGGAUUCCGAAAAAGACUUCAAAGAAAACCAAGAACCCCCGAAAAACGAGGAUGAUCCAAAUCGCGUCGAUACCGGGCAGGCCUCGCAGAACUCGGAAGUUUCUGGGCGGAGCAAUACCCGAUCAGUGUUAGCCCCGGACAGAGGUGUUGAAUGCGUUUUUCUCCAUGGCUCUCUAAAUUCCCUGCGCUGUUUCGUAUGCGGAAAGCUCUGCAAUUGGGAUGAGGAUGGAAGAGAAUCUUGCACAAUGCUGGGCGAACAACCCGAGUGUCCUCACUGCGCGGGAGCAACCGCUGCACGGCAAGAGAAAGGAAAGCGAGCUUUAGGCGUUGGCAAGCUUCGACCGGACAUUGUUCUCUAUGGAGAGGAACACCCUCAGUCUGACUUAAUAUCCCCUAUAGUUCAACAUGACCUCUCCGCCGGACCAGAUCUUCUCCUGAUCCUUGGGACAAGCCUUAGAGUCCAUGGACUCAAAGUGAUGGUCAAGGAAUUUGCCAAAGCUGUGCAUAACAAGGGGGGCAGAGUCAUAUUCAUCAACUUGACGAAACCAUCUGAAAGCGCAUGGGGUGAUAUCAUAGACUACUGGAUCGAGUGGGAUUGCGACGCCUGGGUCGAUGACCUGAAAAAUAGAAAGCCUCAUCUUUGGCUGUCACCUGACGAGAUAUUAGAAUCCGAAAAACAAAGGCGUGAGGCCUUGGCGGAAAAGAAGAAGGAGAACCUGUUCAAAAAGCGUGAAAGUAUCGCCGAAAAGAAACGAGAGAGCCUUGGGGAGAAAAGACGACAUACAAUCGCGUUAGACAAACCUCGACCUCCGCCUAAGAAUCCCUCUUCGAUGAGAAACGAUUACCAAUGCGGCGCGUACGUAGUGUGGGAGAUAUUUCAAACUCUGGCUAAGAUUGGCAACCGUCCCUUUGAUAACCUUGGGUAUAAACCUCCUCAACAACCCCCGCCAGCCGCACCACCUCCCGUUCUGAGUCCCGCUGUAACAUCCCAACCUCGUCCGGCUAUCACUAAAGCGAAGAAAGCGAGGAAAUCCGCACCAGCGGCUCUUGUUGCUCCUACUGACUCGGAGACGAAGUCUAGACCUGCUGUUAAAGCUAAGUUCCUGACUACCUGCGCCAGCCGGAAUCAAUACGCAAAGGCUGCGCAAGAGCUGGCGCGCUCUGGCAAAUCUCCUACGCCUGUUAGGAUGGCAGAGCUAAACAGGGCUGCGAUGUUGCAUGGGAAGAAAACAGCAUCACCCUACACUCCGCCUAGUUCUAUCACUGCUGCGGUUAAGAUCCACCCCCGUCAGCGAAAACGGAAACUUAUCGAGGGCGUCCCAGUUAGCCUUCCUAUCUCGCGGAUAGAGAGGCCUAGGCUUCCGCUAUCGACGCCCCUUCAAGGUAUUAGGAGGGAGGUUGAGGCCGAGAAUCGAUUAGCUCCCACGACAACUUACAGUACGCUCCCUUCGAAAGGCCCAAUUCUCCCCCCUUUCCAUCCUGGAUGGGAGCGUUCGCCUCCGGCGAGGAUCAAACCACUAGAACCCAGUCUAAACGUGUCGCCGCGCAGUCCUCUAGCUAAUUUGCCGCCAAUAGUACAACCGAAGGUUUUCGCCAGGCGCCAAGCCACUCAUCCAAUGUUCUUUAGCGAUCCACUUGUCAAGCUGCGGUACGAAACAACUAAUUAUAGAAAGCCCCCAAAGGACGCAGACGCGGUUAUCUACGAUAAAACCCCUAGCCCGUCAGACCAGCUCCGGUGGGAACUUGCUCAACAGGAAGCAUUAGAAGGAGCACAAGCUCUCGAGGGGCUGAAGCGUUCGCGAUAA